CCAGGAUGGUGGUGAUCGGCUUCGGAUGCACGAGUCCAUGGCACGAGUAGCCGGCGCAGAGCCAGUCACCAAUUCAGCCAGUCGGUUGUAGUCAGUCGGUACCAGAAGAGCAGCUCCGUUCGCGGGGCCGCGCUCUCUCGCGCCUCGGUGCACAGAAACAGAUUUGACUGAUUUUUACAUCUGUUUGCCGGAAAUCUCGACACGGCACCUUAGCUUACAUUCCGCGACGAGAUUCGCGACCGUCUGUGUGACUUAAGGGGUCUUCGGAGUGGCCGGAGUAGCGCGCGAACUUAACAGUAAGUGCGCGGAGUGUCUCGAUAUCGAGUGCUGAAUGAAGACGCUCUUCUCUGGUAUAUAUGUGAUAAAGUGUCGGCUACAUUGCGAGGGUUUGAGAGAGGUAUUCGAGUGGGUCCUUAUUGGCGCGAAACGAUAUUCUAGAAGAAGCUGCAGAAACCUGGCUACGGAUGGUUAACGACGUAAUGAGCGAGUACGAACGAAUCAAGCGUUCGUGCUUGAAAAGAGGUGAGCUCUGGGAAGAUCCUGAAUUUCCAGCAACACAGGCAUCAGUUUUCUAUCACCAGACGCCACCAUUUCAGUUUCAAUGGAAAAGACCGAAAGAAUUGUGCAAUCGGCCCAUCUUUGUCAGCGAUGCGCCAGCUCAAUUCGACGUUAUUCCCGGGAAGAUGGGUGAUAAAUGGCUAGUGUCUUGUCUGGGAGUGCUUCAUCUUAGCAAGGGUCUAUUCUAUAGGGUAGUACCAGCCGAUCAGGGUUUCGGCAGCGGUGGAGAACCACCGGGCUCGCCGACCGCAGAAUAUGCCGGGGUGUUCAGGUUUCGGUUGUGGUGGUGUGGCGCGUGGGUGGAAGUUCUCGUUGACGACAGAUUACCAGCGGUUCACGGAAGACUGGCCUUCGUGCAAAGUCGCCAUAGCGAUCAGUUCUGGCCGGCACUGCUGGAGAAAGCGUACGCCAAACUUCAUGGUUCUUAUGAGGCACUUAAAUAUGGUACAUUAUUGGAUGGCUUGUCUGAUCUCACGGGUGGUAUUACUGAAAGCAUCGCGAUUCGUCAAGAUCCCACAGCUUGUGGACGAGCGUUGUCAAAACUUUUGGAUAUGACGUCUCUUAUUACUUGUACAGUGAAUAAUAAUCAACAGCAACAGAUACGUGCCAGCACAGAAAAGCUCGCUAAUGGUAUACAAAUGGGAAUCAAUUACAGAUUGUACGCGAUUGAGAGGGUGGAAACAUUUGGAGGGGAAGCAGUGCAAUUAGUAAAAUUAAGGAAUCCUCUUGGACCCGGCGGGGAAUAUGUCGGUGCGUGGGCGAGGGGUGGGCUGGAGUGGGAUGAAGUGCCAGUAAUGGAAAGAGAACGGCUAGCUGUGAGAAAUAUGGCUGAAGGAGAAUUUUGGAUAUCAUAUUCGGAUUUCGUUAAGACAUUCACUCAUCUGGAAGUUGUGCAUCUAGAUGCUGAAACUUCGAGAGAUGAACCGUCGUUACACAGUAAGCACACUUGGCAAAUGAAAUUGUAUCAAGGAAGCUGGAGGAGAGGUGUCACUGCGGGAGGAUGUCGAAAUAAUCAAGAAACUUUUCACAUAAAUCCACAGUUACAUUUAAUUCUCAGCGAAAUGGAGGAAGUGAUCGUUUCGUUAAAUCAGCAUUCCAUUAUGGAGCCGAAAGUGAUCGGUUUCACAGCAUAUACACUGCCGAAAAACAGCACCGAAUCGAUAAACAAACAAUUUUUUAAAAAGAACAAAUCCUUAGUUAAUUCUCAAUACACGAAUAGUCGGCAGGUGAGCCACAGGUGUCAGCUCGAGCAGGGUGGUUAUCUGCUGGUACCUACGACCUUCGAGCCUACUCAAGAAACGAGUUUCACAUUACGGGUCUAUAGCAGUAAGCCUCUAAAACUCAAAUUGUUAGAUACCCCACCGUCGUUAAUGAAAUCGGCAAUUGUUAAAGCACCUCCCCUCGAAGGAAAAGGCUUCUCUCAGUACGAAGCCGUGUUUUUACAGCUUGCUGACGAGCACAGAACUGUAAAUGCUUUCGAGCUGCAGGAGCUUUUAGAAGCCUGUUUACCAAAUGAUUAUAUCAAAAGCUGUGCCUGCAUGGAAGUUUGCCGACAAGUGGUACUCACUAUGGACAGCUCUGGAAGUGGCCGGCUGAAAUUCAAUGACUUCAAAGAUCUUAUGUGUAGUUUAAAGUAUUGGCAAGCUGCUUUUAAGAAUCACACGAAGGAAAAGACGGGUAUACUUAAGGCGGAGAGACUGCGAGAUGCCCUGCUGGAAGUUGGUUUCCAAUUAAAUACGGAUGUACUGUCCAUUCUGAUUCUUCGAUAUAUGAGAAAAGAUGGUACUCUUCGAUUCGGCGACUUUGUCUCGGCGAUAUUACAUUUGAGCGAUGCAUUUGGGAUAUUUGAGAGCAAGGAUCCUUUGCAAAAUGGAACAAUAAAAUUAAGUUUGUCAGAGUGGUUGAGAUCAUCUCUGAUGUGUUAAAGUGUUAGUCAGCGUAAACUAUGUACCUUGUAAAUGUCGUCUGUAAAUAACGUUUUUUUCCAUUUCAACGUUAAAUGUAAGUUUUAGCCAUAUUAAUGAUUAAUGCCCAUCUAUUUACACUUUGUAAAAAACCGUCAUUAUUUUUUACAAUAAUAUCACUCAUCAUGUUCUUAUGUAAUUACUACAUGUUAUAAUUAAAAAGCUGUAUGAUACGUCAUAUAUGUCAGAAUACCGCACUAGAUAAUAAAGUUAAGUUUAUUUUGCAUAGU